UUUGCCACGGCGUAGUAUGGGCUCCACGUUGACUGGAGUCAAUAAGCAAAAAUCACAUCUUGCAGAAACUUGCAGCCUUACAAUAAUGUCGUCUUAUGAAAAUUACAGUUUCACAGUAGACUGUUACAUAUUACAACACGUCACAGAAAAAAUUCCAACUUCAAACUUUAAUAUAGACCAUAUUCCAAUUCCAAAAGGAAUCAUUUUGGCCGACCCUUAUUUCAAUGUAUCGUCAGAUAUAGACAUCUUAGUUGGGGCUGAUGUAUUUUGGUCCGUCUUAGGUCACAAUUCUAUUGAUUUAGGUGAAAAGUUACCGAAGUUGUUCGAAACGAGACUGGGUUGGCUGGUGGUUAGGGAUCUUACCCAUCGUGCGUCACCGUCUUUUGCUCCAGUUUGCAAUUUUGCACAGGUGGAGCCGAACCCAGACUUAACUCGUUUUUGGGAGUUAGACACGGUCGCAGCUAAGCACUCUUUGUCACCAGAGGAACGCGCUUGUGAAGAAAAUUUCUACCGUACUACGACUCGCAACGAGGAUGGCCGAUUUAUCGUCACAAUGCCGCUGAAAGAAGAUCCUGCUGUCUUAGGAGACUCGUUUCAAAGGGCAAAGUGCCGCUUUCUGUCUCUAGAGCGUAAGUUUACUCGAGAGCCGAUUUUUAAGGAAAGGUACAUCGACUUCAUGCGGGAAUAUGAGCGUUUAGGUCACAUGACUGAGAACAAGGAGGCUGGCUGUCUUCAAUCCAAGGUCAAUUACUACCUUCCACAUCACGGUGUGCUUCGUGAGUCCAGCCAGACUACAAAGCUUCGUACGGUUUUCGACGCGUCAGCACCUUCAACCUCUGGCGUGUCCCUUAACCAGAUCCAAAUGGUUGGACCAACAGUUCAGGAGGAUCUUUAUUCCAUCUUGCUUCGUUUCCGACAGCAUAAGUAUAUCGUAACUGGUGAUGUCGAGAAAAUGUAUAGGGCGAUUGAUCUUCACCCCUCUCAACGCUCUCUUCAACAGAUCAUUUGGCGAUAUGAUUCCUCACAUCCUUUAAAAACGUACACUCUCAACACCGUCAGCUUUGGGCAAGCUUCGGCACCGUACCUAGCAACCAAGUGUUUGGUUUCGUUGGGAUCUAGUGCCCUCGACAGCGACGUCAAACAGUCGAUUGAGCGUGACUUUUAUGUCGACGAUUACUUGAGCGGUUCGUCGACUAUCGAGGACACCAUUAGGUUGUGCAAGGGCGUCAUAUCGACACUGAAAUCAGCGCAGUUUAAUUUAAGAAAAUUUCAAUCGAAUAAUAAGUAUAUUCUUGAACAAAUUGCACCCAAUUCAAAGACAAAUAAUAUUCUAGAUAUUGCAAGUACCGAUAGAAAUAGUUCUUCAAAAACCUUAGGUCUAAACUGGAUAUGUGACUCUGAUAUGAUGUCGUUUGCUAUCAGUAUUGAAUUUAAUGAAAUCGUCACAAAACGGCACAUUCUCUCAGUCAUUAGCCAAAUAUUUGACCCAUUAGGCCUAGUUAACCCUUGCAUUGUGGAGGCAAAGAUUGUAAUGCAGAGACUUUGGAUUGAAAAAUGUUCAUGGGAUCACGAAGUCUCGCAGGAAAUAAAGGAAAUGUGGUUAUCAUUUGUUAAAACAUUGCCUCUUCUCAACUAUUUAAUGGUACCUCGCUGGGUGAUUGCUGAUAACUCAGUGAGUCAUGAAAUCCACGUCUUUUCAGACGCUUCAGAGCGUGCAUAUGGUGCCUGUCUAUAUAUUCGUUCAAUUGAUAUAUCAGGUCAGGUGCAAGUGCAUCUUGUAACCUCAAAAAGUAAAAUAGUCCCCAUAAAACCCACCACGAUACCUCGACUUGAAUUGUGUGGGGCUUUGUUGGCUGCAAGGCUAUGUAAGAAAGUGGUAAGCUCAUUGACUCUUCAAUUCAGUCAACGUAGAUUCUGGUGUGACUCUACUAUUGUUCUGGGGUGGUUAAGUACACCACCAAAUAAUUUAAAAAGCUUUAUUCGCAACAGGGUCCACGAGAUCCAAGAGAGCACUGCAGGUCACACGUGGAGCUACAUACCGUCGAAGGACAAUCCGGCGGAUCUUGUUUCUCGUGGGGUGAAGGCUGACCAAAUCAGCGCUUUAUCCUUAUGGUGGUCAGGUCCGACAUUUCUGUUGGAGCCAGAAUCUGAAUGGCCAAAAAUGCCUAACACUCACGCGAAGCAUGAUCUACCUGAGUUGAUUACCUGUUCUUUGGCGCUUGUAGAUGAUUUUAGCACUGAUCGUAUUUGUAAGUUAAUUCAAGACAAAUCAAGACUCAUAAAUUUGCAAAAUAUUAUCGCGUAUUUGCUAAGAUUCAUACAUAAUUGUAAAAAUCGGAACAAUAAAUUAACUGGUCAUCUUUCAGUUCAAGAAGUUCAAAAUGCGUUAAUUCUAAUAACUCAAAAGGCACAACAAGAAAUGUUCACUGACGAAUAUGCUGUUCUAAAAACUGGCAAGGCACUACCUAACAAAAAUAGAUUAAUUUCAUUAACGCCUUUCUUAGAUACAAAUAGUAUCAUGCGAGUUGGUGGCAGGCUAGAUAAUUCGCCUUAUUGCUAUGAUACUAAGCAUCCAAUUCUUUUAUGCAGCAAACACCACUUAACAAAAAUCAUAUUUAGACAUUAUCAUAUCAAAUGUUUGCAUGCCCCGCCACGACUCCUACUAGGAACUAUAAAACAAACUUAUUGGCCAUUAGGUGGCACAAAUCUUGCGAAAAAUACCGUAAAUAAAUGUGUACGAUGUCUUCGCUUUAAACAUGACACCGUUCAGCCCAUCAUGGGGCAGUUACCUUCAACACGAACUCAAUUAGAAUUCCCGUUUUUACAUUGUUGCGUCGACUACGCUGGGCCAGUGUUGAUAGCAGACAGGAAAGAUUCUUGAAGUCUUCUCUACUACUUCAACCCGGGCAGCAUGUUGAGUACUCGACAUACGCACGGGAGGAGACGCGCGGGCGGCGGGCGAUCGCGACGUCAUCGCGGCAGGCCUGCGAGCAGCGCGCGGCACACACACUCACCUUUACCUACCUCACCGGCAACGGACGAAUACCGAAUUAAUUUAUAAACUGUUUGGCCGGGAUUUUAAGCUGUAAUUAAGGCGGAAUAAACCA